AUGGACGCAUUGGACAAAUCAAAAGAAAUUGGUGCACAUCAACUAAUUGCAGAUUUAUCUGAAGCAGUACCAAAUAAUAGAAAAAGAUCUCACGAAGAUGAAUCAAAAUUGAUUAUUGAUGAAGUAUAUGUUUCUGAACAAAAGAAUGUUAACAAAUCACAUGACAAGAAAGAAUUUGAUAAUGUUGAUAUAAUUGAUUUAAUUGAUGAUGAAGAAGGAGAAUUUUUUUUUGGAAUUACUGAACUGUCUGAAAACAAUACUGACGAAUUGCAAAUUAAAUUACUAAAAUGGCAGCAACACAUGCUUAAAAAAUUAGAGUCUGGUACAUAUCCAACAAGUCAAAAUAUUCAUAAAUUGUUUGCUGCUUCAUCAGUUUUUUAUUUUCAACAGAAAACUGAAGAUACAUAUAUUAAUUUUUUAACAUCUUGUGAAACUGCUGAGAUCAAGUCACUUGUCAAUUCACACUUUGAACAUAUUAGAAUUUCAGAUGGUAUCAAGUUGAUUAGUGUAGAAACUAAAGCAUCUAAACUACGUAAAAGUCCUGCUGGUGAUGAAGAAAAAAAAUUUAAUUGGGACAUUUACAGGGCUUCAAUACAUGCUAAGGAUGCUAUUGCUAAUGAUAUUAAGAAAUUCAAUAUUCAACCAUCAUCUAGGAAAAAGUUGGCAAUUUUUAUAAAUGGGUAUAAAAUGGUAAUAUGUGUAAUGAAACUUCAGUAUCCAGGAAUUUAUCUAAUGGUUGAAAUGGCCAAUUGUACAAUCUCAAAUUCUGUUCGCGAACUAGAAUCAAUUAUGAAACUGCAUCAGACUUUGAUGAGUAUCAAGGAAAAUAGAAUAGAUUAUCUUGUUGAAGCUGGAUAUAGCACACCAAUUAGAACAAAUCAUUUGGAUUAG